AUGAAAGGUGUCGGGAUAGGGGCAGUGCUUAUUUCUGAAACAGGGCAUCACUACCCUGUUACAACCCAACUGCGAUUCUACUGUACCAACAACAUGGCUGAGUACGAGGCAUGCAUUCUGGGACCAAGGCUAGCUGUAGAUAUGGGAAUCCAGGAAGUCUUGGUUUUGGGGGACUCGUACCUUCUGCUUAAGAGGAUAACAUCCUCAAAUCAGCGCAUUCAGAGAAAAAUGGCCUUUUACAAAGCUAGUAUCCUUUCUCUCCUCCUAUUAUCUGGUAUAUUUCUGUUGGGAAUUGGUGAGGUGAAAUAUGUAAAUGCCAAGUCAUGUCUCCAGUUUUGUGAUAAUGAAGUGGCAUACAUGACUUGUCCCUCUUCAGGAGAUGAGCAAAUUAGUCCAGUAUGUGUCAACUGUUGCACAGCAGAUGAAGGUUGUAAACUUUUCCGCACUGAUGGAUCAUUAAUUUGUACUGGAACCCAAGAUUAACCGAUCCUUGUCAAAAAUGUAAUGAUUUAUUAAAAUCUUUAUACAUACUCAUAUCAUAUGUGUAAUGUGUGCAAUAAGGCCUGAGUUUAUGAUUAC